AUGGUCGAGCACACCGUUGAGUCAAACAGCGCCCUUGGUCAAUAUGAACUGGAGCUGCCGCAGCUGUUCGAGCCGGUUUUACAAAUUACUAACCACCUAGAUUUUCUCGAAAUCCCAAGGGAGAAUAUGGGAGUGCUGAAAAGCGUGUUUGACGUUGUCAAACGUGCUCACGGUAAAGAAGUAGCUUUUCUCGAUCUGGCAAUGGUUUUGUUGGAGGAGAAGCGUACCGAACGAGCGCUUAAACUGCUUGAGACACCUCAACUUAAAAUAUCACAGGGAAAAUUGGAUUACUUCAUAAGACGAGCGACGGAAAGCAAUCGGCCUGACGUGCUUCGGGGUCUCUUUGCUGGUCUCUGCCAACAAGGACCGAGCGUCAACUGUAGCGCUGAACCGAUUAUUAAUAAAGCCAACGAUUUUGCUCAACUGGAAAGCUUAGAAGCUGAGAUCGAACGUAUCUCGUUUCCGUUAGAACAACAAAUGAGGACAAUCUUCGAGAAUUUGCAUCGGAAAAAAUUGGAGGUCAACGGUAGCUGA